GAGUGGAGUUGAACUCGUGCCAUUGUAGUGACUCAUCUCGGGCAGAGCGCAGGGGCUCCGAGCGAAGCGACGAGCAAGUGAGCGGCGCUCGGCGGGCCAGGGAGAGAGGGAGAGAGGCGCGGCCGGGCGAGGCGGCCCGUCCGGGAGCGGGCGCCGGGGAAGGGGUGCAGUCGGGCGCCGGAGCGGCGGCACGGGCAAGCGGGGCCGCGUCCCUCUCAGCGCCGGCUCAGCUGGAGCCCCGCGGGCCCCCCGGGCGCAGGCUGCUUUAUCCCGGCAAGUGUCCGAGCCGCUCCGAAACUCCGGCGGCGAGUCGACCACAGGAAGUUUAUUCUCAGCUCCUUUUCUAAAAGGAGGAAAUAGAAGUUUCUCCCAGCGGGCAGUUUUUUCUUUUCGCCUUUUUCGCUCUGUCUGAAAUCGGGGGCCCCCCGGACCUGGCAGGCGUGACCCGCCGGGCUCUUGCUCUUUUUUUAAUUUCCAGUUUUUGAUCCGGCCAGCCGUCCGGCUGGGCUCCGGCUGCGCGCGGGAGCGGGAGGGCGCGCGCAGGGGAGGGACGGAGGGACGCGCGGACUUUUAGAGGGAGGGACUGGGUGGCCCGCCGGUCCCGCGGCGUUCGCGGAGCAGGAAAGAAGUGCGGCGCUCGGCGCUCGGGAGGCACCGUCCCCGGGCCGUCGCCGCCUCCCGUCCGCGCCCGCCGCCGUCGGGGAGAAGCCCGGGAGCGAAGACUAGAGCCCGAGGCGGCAGGGAGCGAGCGCGCCGCAGCCGGUGCGCGGCCGCGGCGAGGGCGGGGGAAGAAAAACACCCUGUUUCCUCUCGGGCCCCCACCGCGGAUCAUGUACCAGGAUUAUCCCGGGAACUUUGACACCUCGUCCCGGGGCAGCAGCGGCUCUCCUGCGCACGCCGAGUCCUACACCAGCGGCGGCGGCCAGCAGAAAUUUCGGGUAGAUAUGCCUGGCUCAGGCAGCGCCUUCAUCCCCACCAUCAACGCCAUCACGACCAGCCAGGACCUGCAGUGGAUGGUGCAACCCACAGUGAUCACCUCCAUGUCCAACCCGUACCCCCGCUCACACCCCUACAGCCCCCUGCCGGGCCUGGCCUCUGUCCCUGGGCACAUGGCUCUCCCAAGACCCGGCGUGAUCAAGACCAUUGGCACCACCGUGGGCCGCAGGAGGAGAGAUGAGCAGCUGUCGCCGGAAGAGGAGGAGAAACGUCGAAUCCGAAGGGAGAGGAACAAGCUGGCCGCAGCCAAGUGCAGAAACCGACGCCGGGAGCUGACGGAGAAGCUGCAGGCGGAGACAGAGGAGCUGGAGGAGGAGAAGUCAGGCCUGCAGAAGGAGAUCGCCGAGCUGCAGAAGGAGAAGGAAAAGCUGGAGUUCAUGUUAGUGGCCCACGGGCCCGUGUGCAAGAUCAGCCCCGAGGAGCGCCGAUCGCCCCCAGCCUCUGGGCUCCAGCCCCUGCGCGGUGGAGGCGGUGGAGUGGGUGCUGUUGUGGUGAAACAGGAGCCCCUGGAAGAGGACAGCCCCUCAUCCUCCUCGGCCGGGCUGGACAAGGCCCAGCGCUCUGUCAUCAAGCCCAUCAGCAUCGCUGGGGGCUUCUAUGGGGAGGAGCCCCUGCACACCCCCAUUGUGGUGACCUCCACGCCUGCCAUCACUCCGGGCACCUCGAACCUCGUCUUCACCUACCCCAGCGUCCUGGAGCAGGAGUCGCCUGCGUCACCCUCUGAGUCCUGCUCCAAGGCUCACCGCAGAAGCAGUAGCAGUGGGGACCAGUCAUCAGACUCCUUGAACUCCCCCACUCUGCUGGCUCUGUAACCCAGCUCCCAGGGGGUCCUCAUCACUGCCUCCUUCCCAGGGACCAGCACCUGCAAGCGCUCCAGGGCCGUGAGGGCAAGAGGGGGACCCUACCUGAGAGCUUCCUGGCUCCUGGGAGACCCAGGUGGGAUUUGGCGGUGAGGCAUUGAGGACUUUGGGGAUCUCUUAGCACUCAUGGGACCUCCUCCCUCAUUCAUCUUGCAAAGCGAAUCCUGUGUCUUGAAAAGCCUUGGAGACGUUGGUUUGGUGGACUCAGGCAUCUCUCUGGCUUCCGAAAAGCCUGAAGCUGGUGUGGACCGUUCCUGUCCCUUUGUUACGAUCUGUCUCUGGAGUGAUGGUGUCCUUCCCUGCCCCACCAAGCAUGCUCAGUGCCUUUUGGUUUCACCUUCCCUCUAUUAGCCCCUUCCUCCCCCUAGUGUCAAUUUCACUUCCUCUUGGUUUUUAUGAAAGUUGCCAUGACAUUUCAUCUGGGUGGUCUGAAUAUUAAAGCUCUUCGUUUCUGGAGAUGGGGCAGCAGGUGACUGACUCUUCUGCUGGGGCUGACUUGUCCAGAAGGGGACAGUCAAUGUGCAAUACAGACCCUCCCUCCCUUGACACUCCGCAGUCCACCACCAUCUCCAGAACCACCAGCAGGGCUCCCUGAGCUCUCAAGGAGAUGCUGCCAUCACUGGGAGGCCUAGAGGACCCUUCCUCCCCAUCCUCGGAGAGAACUUCUGGAGGAGCGGCUUGGCCAGAAGAUAGGGUGUGAGUGAGACAGCUGGGGCACAGGCUGGGUUUGCCAAAUGCCUACUUCCCAGGCCAGGAAUAGUGCCAACAAGCCACACAGGUGUGUCCUAGCCAGCUUCCCCUGACCUGGUGUCUUGAGCAGGACAUCUCCUAUAAUUACUGCCUCGCCAUCCUGUCCCUGGACCCUUCUCUCUAGACCAGGGAGGUGUCCCUCCCUAGGAACCGCACAUCACUCCCAAGUCUCUAUUGGCUCUGCUGUCACCGGCCUGGCUCUCGCGGUGACGCCACCCACAGAAAUUUAAUGAGCGUGGGCCUGGCCCCUCUCCAGUUGCUGCUGGGUGGGCCCCUCCCCAAGCCUCAAAGGCGCCUUUGCUGUGAAUGGAAAGGUAGGGGAGGAAAGGAGGGAGGCAGAGUGGGACUCUGUGAGAUGCCAGGCCUUUUCUACCCUCUGAGGUCAUCUGCUACCUGAUGGAGUGCUUUCUCUUUUCCACACCCUGUCCUCCCGUGUGCUCCUCAGGUCCAACCGUGAACCGCUGGCCCAGAGCUGUUGCUAAGGCUUGGGGCUUCCGUGCUGUUCCUGGGGGGCUGCUGAAAUCAGAUAAGAUGUAUUGCUUCCCACUGCAAGGGGGGGUAUCGGAGUGGGGGUCCUCCUGGCCCCUUGCGAGAGCACAGCUCAGCUCAGUGCGGGCCCUGCCUCCCACCCCUCUGAGCCUUUUUCUCCCUAAGGCAAAGCUCUGGCUGAUCUAGAAUCGGCCUGUACUGGGCUAGUGCUUUGGAGGAGACCCCGCUGUUGUGAUUCAGCUCUAGAGAUCAUUGUAUGAUAAUUUAAAAUUAUAUAGAUAUUAUUUAAAUCAAACCCAAUGGGGGUUAAAUUUCAAAGUUCGAUUCGGGAGAGAGAGAGAAAGAGAACUGUGACACGUUAGCUCAUUUGUUCCCUUCACAUGCCCAGGCCUCCAGGGUAGGUCCUCACUUAAUGCCCAUGACCCGCCUCUGCGCGCUAGAAUGGAACACACAGAAUGGAGCAGCCAAAUGCUUAAAAUACGCGGCCUGCUCUGACCGGAAGUGAAGUGGGAAUGGAUAAGCCAUGCACAGAGUGGAGAUUAAAAGAAAAGGAUUCUUUUUUCCGAAAAACCCUUAAUAAUGUCAUUUCCCACAUUCCUUGGCUAUGAUGCUGCCCUCCCAAUUUCCCAGAGGUUCUGGGACGGUGGGAGUGGGGGGAGGGUAAUUAGAUUGGGCAAUUGAAUUUCUGGCUUCAGAUUAACCGAAGAAACAGAGGUUAGCCAGGAGCAGGAGGUGGGCAAAGAAAUCUGGGGUGUGCUCUGCUCUGAAGGGCUUGAUCAUCUCAAGUGGUAUUUGUGGCCAAUUGGGAGCUAUUUGCUUCUUUUUGCAUAUAUACAUAGAUAUAUAUAUAUUUCUUAAAUGAAGCUGCUUUUUGGUGUUUUAUUUCUGAAAGUCCCUUUGUGCCCCCCUUCGCACGGCACUAAUCCUGAGGCAGGCCAUGGUCUGUGAUUGGGACCAGGCUGGACAUUCCUGGGAGAGGGUUUGGCUUUAGUACAGAUUUCAAGCUGUGUUGGCUUUGGGACCAGCCGAAGGCAAAAAACCACCACCUCACCAGGCUCUAGAGGCCUCUAAACUGUGUGCCCAUUCAGGACCCCCUGGCUUUGUCCUCGGAGGGGGCUUGUCUUCCCCAAAGCCAGAGGUUAUUUGGGGGAAGGCUGACCCUUCACACCUAACUCAUGAACAUAUCCUCAGUUACUUCUUCUGGCUUGUUCUCGAAGUUCCUGCACACACACCAUUGUUCCAGAUCGCCAGGCACCAGGCCUGCUUUCUCCUCCAGCGUCUCCCACUAAAGGAACAGUGGCGCGGGGGCACCUUGGUGCUUAGGCCAGGAAAUGCCAGGCUCCCCUGUGGCCCCAGCCAUGAGGCAGCUCUGGGACGGCAUAGGGCAGGUGCACCUUGACAGGCUAGUGUGAAACACGGUCCUUGUGGCUACCUGGCUGGCCUUGCUGGGAUCUGUCCCCUUCCUGGCUGAGUGGAGGGGCACAGCUGCUGACACAGGAAAGCGAGGAGAUUCCAGGUGAAGCUUAGGAGAUAGCCAGAGCCAGCUGCACGCAGAGCUUUCGUGGGCAAAUUUGCAGAAAGGCAUCAUUGUUCUGCCUGUGAGAAAGGCCAGGGCGGUCCACUGGCCAGUCACAUGUAUCUCGGCCAGGAGCCAUCAGAGGCUACGGCUUCCUUUCCUCAGGUUCUGGGGACAAGAGUCUCUUCUCUGCUCCCACCUGGCUCUGAGUCUAAGGGAGGGUUUGACGCCAUAGGCAUUGGAACUUUUCUCCCCUUUCCUUGAUGGACCAACAUGUUCCUGCAAUCUCACCAUUCACCUUCCAGCUUGAUCUCCUUUCCUGAUCAGAGAUCACACAGCUCCUUGAAGAAGGAAACGAAUAAGCACCUACUAUGUGCCAGGCACUGUGUUAGGCACUUUUAUAGAUAUACCCUCUUUACGAUGAGACUGAGGGGCGAGGGUAUCCCCUAUUAAAGGCCCCCAAGUAUUGGACAAACAAAAAUGCUUAGAGGUGAGAAGGCCCAUCUUCAAAGAGCUGAGGCAAGGUUGCCUUUAGUCAAAGAUUUGUUCUCAAAGACCCAUCCCCCACAGUACCCUCCCACCUUCAGACUUCUUUUCUCUCUCCCUUGUGAUGUGCUCCUUUGCACUCCUCAGGUGGUUGGAGGGGUAACCUGAGUCCUUCUAGAAUUUGUGGACCAAUAGGAUACGUGAUGUGUGUAAUGUCCUUUAAAACCUUAAGUAAAGGGGUCUUGCUACUUUCUGCUUGUUGAGUCUUCUUGGCAUUUAUCUUAAAAGCCAGCAUCUCACUAUUUAUUGACAGGUUGGGUGUGUGUGUGUGUGUGUGUGUGUGUGUGUGUGUGUGUGUGUGUACGCGCAUGCGCGUGCAUGCCUCCAUUUCCUAGUGUGCUCCUGCAGCUUUUAAAAAGGAAACUCAGUCAUCCCACUACUAAUUUGACAUCUCAUGCUCCUAGCGUUUGGGCCAUACGUUAACAGAGGGUUUUCAUUGGCUAGUGCUGAUGUGUUCAGGAAAGGCUGGGUCAAAUUUUGAGCGGGGUAUGGGAAGGGGAGGGGGAGAAGAAAUUGACAUUUAUUUUAUUAUUUAUUUAAAAUGUUUACAUCUUUGUGUCGUACCAAGCCUGAACAGAGACAGCAUUAAAAUACUCGGCUCCUUUCUCCCUCUCUUUCUUCAUUUAAAAAAAAAAUUUAGGCUGGUGAUGCUUUUUUGUUUCUAAAAUGACUUGUGACAUGUGCUGUAUAAACUGUAUAAAAAGGUUCUGUUCCUAAAGACGGAUGGUCAUUCCUCGGGGGACAGUGGUCACCAAGAAGUCUACAUUGUAAAGACUACAACGGAAGAUCCUGCCCUGUUCCCCAAAAGUGAUUUUCUCUGUAUGAUUAAAAGUUUAUUCCAUUUCUUUUA